GAACGAUACUGUAGCAAAGUCACAAAAAUGUUUGGAGGAUUUCAAGGGUUCUCCGGUCAACCUAACCAGUUUUUCCCACAGAUGGUUCCAAUUCCACAAUCAUUUGAAGAUUUCUUCAGAUGCUACCCGAUUUCAAUGAUGAAAGAUGCCGGCAAUAAAGAUGUGGCAAAUUACGGUGGUAAAAUUUUCCUACCACAAUCAGCCUUGCAUAAACUUACCAUGUUGAACAUAAGAUACCCAAUGCUUUUCAAGAUUUCAACCACAAGCACAGACAAAAGCACACACAGUGGUGUUCUCGAAUUUACAGCAGAUGAAGGAAGAUGCUAUUUACCUGAGUGGAUGAUGGACACCCUUAAAAUAAAUGCAGGCACGGUUGUGAAGAUCGAAACAGCAGACUUGCCCCAGGGAAACUUUGUAAAACUUGAGCCCCAAUCAACUGAUUUCCUAGAGAUAACGGAUCCAAAAGCAGUACUCGAAAAUGCAUUAAGGAAUUUCACGACAUUGACCGUUGGGGAUGUUAUAGAAUUGAAUUACAACAGUCACAUCUACCAAAUCAAAAUAUUAGAAGUCAAGCCAGAAUCGUCUUCGGGUGGUAUCUGUGUUAUUGAAACAGAUUUGGUUACAGAAUUUGCGCCACCUGUGGGAUAUGUUGAACCUGAUUAUGAAAAGUUGAAGGAAGAGAAUGAAAAAAAGAAGAGAGAAGCGGCUAUAUCUGCGCCAUCAUUGAAGGGCAAAGGAUCCAUGGCUAGACAAAUAAAUUAUGGUGGAUUAUUGCAGGAAGCAGCAGAUGAAGCGACGAUAAAGUUCAAGGGAGAUGGUUUCAAGCUUUCGGGUAAAAAAUCCACGAAACCGAAAUCAGAUGCUGAAAAAAACGAGACUGAAGACCUUGAUCUAUCUGGACCAGUUAGACCGCUAGAGUUGCCAGAAGGUUAUUUGUUUUUCGGAUUCCCGGUAACGCCUUAUAUGGACGAAUUUGAAGCUGCUGAGAAAGAGCAGCAAGACCAAGCUAAAGAAGGGGAGGCUGUCUUCUAUGGUGAAGGGCAUACAUUGAGAGCUAACAAAAAGCGAAAAGACAAGAACAAAUCGCAUAUACCUAUCAAGAACAAGGUUCGUUCUCCUGAGGCAAUAAUCAUUGAUUCUGACUAAUUUCGUCUUUUCUUCCAUUCAUAUCUCUAUUCUAAACGUAUAUUUCUGGAUAUAUAAUGAUACAAAUUAAUAAAAGUACAAAAAUUUAAGUUAC